AUGCAAGGAGUGUUUUCUGACGCGAGCGUCUGUGACGAGAACACGAGCUUGGCAUUCGUCACAUUGUCGAACGGCACAAUUCGAGCAAUUCGACUCGGUGUCAAUUUGGUAGUGACGGACAUAGUCGAUCGACCGAAAGGCGGGGGAGGAAAGGCAUCCAUCGGCCUCAGUCUACGGCAACGUUUGGCGGGGAAGCGUUCGCUGUUCUCGGCGGAAUUGAAUUCGCGGCAGAACAGUCACUUCGAAGCAUCCAUGGCGCCUAGGAAACUCCCCGCGAGCAAAGGCUGCGCCACUGUGUCGCGCCUUGCAUCCUUGGUCAACUUUUUCCGCAAACACUCCGACGCUGGUGUUCAGUCAGCGCGCAGCUGCAGCCUCCUGCAAAUACGCUACCUUCGUGCAGAGCGUGGGGAACAGAAAGCAAGUUUCGGCAACUUGUCGUAG